AUGGCACAUUUUUCUUCAGAAAUUCAAGAUGAGCCUCCUAAAAAUGAAUCAACUGGUUCAGAAACCACCAUUAGAUCACCUUUGUGUGAUUACACCCUUACUGAGGACUCAGUUUUGAGAUCUAUGAUUGAAGAAGCAGCUUUUCAGGCUUUGUGUGAGGAAGUUGUGAUAAAAAUGCCACAUUACACAUUUUCUAUCUCUGAAACAGAUGAAUUGAACGAUUUUAUUUCACUCAACUUUCCUCAAAAACUUUGGAAGAUAGUUGAAAGUGAUCAGUUUAAAUCUAUUUGGUGGGAUGAGAGUGGCACUUCUAUAGUGAUCAAUGAAGAAGUCUUCAAGAAAGAAGUCUUAGAAAGAAAGGCCCCUUUCAGAAUAUUUGAAACUAAUAGUAUGAAAAGUUUAGUUCGACAGCUUAACCUUUAUGGAUUUAGAAAAAAGCAACAAACUUUUCAAAGAUCUGCUUCACUAGCUGACUUUCUGGAAGAAGCAAACAAUGCCUCCGUUUUGAGCAAGUUACAGAUCUAUCAUAAUCCAAAUUUCAAAAGAGGCUAUCCCCAACUUUUAGUAAGAAUGAAAAGAAGAGUUGGGAUUAAAAAUGAGCCAGGCCGGCUGGGCACUGACCCCUAUCCUUCCCACCAAUUGCGGGUGGCUCCAGCUCAGAAGGACCACGCUCUGCCGUCCGGCAACGUGACCAUCAGGAGCCCAGACUCACCACGAGGUCAUCGCAGGAGCAAGGGCAGCGAGGACCACGGGCCCCUUUGA